CGUCACACGUUAGGAAGUCAUGUCCGUUGAACCAACCGGCUUCUUGACGUUGCAUCCCGUCCUGUGAUAGCGCCUACUGAGAGACGCACGAGAUGUUGCUGCUGGUGCUGAGUGCCCUCCUCCUUCUCUUCUGCAACCUGGAUGUGUGGUACUUCCUGCGGGGGGCCCAGGUUUUUAUAGAAGCAUGGUUCCUACCCAGAGUGGAAGACAUUCUGGCUGAGCAAAGUAUCGAUGGCAUGGUCCUUCCUCAUGAUUUAGACUACCUGGGCCAUAUGAACAACUCUAGAUAUCUGAGGGAGUGUGACUUUGCCCGCUUCCACCACUACAUGAGAAAUGGGUUGUUCAUGGCCUCACGUAAACUUGGGGCCAAAAUGGUAGUAGGGGCCUCCACCAUUCGGUAUAGGCGCUCUUUGGCCUUCAGAGAGACUUUCCAGAUUCGUACCAAAGUGCUAGGCUGGGAUGAUAAGGCCUUUUACUUAGAGCAGCGCUUUGUGUCCAAGAGAGAUGGCUUUGUAUCUGCAGUCAUGCUUUGCAGGCAGAAUGUGGUGGGCAGCAGCCCAGAAAGCAUUAUGGAAUUUGUCUACAAGAAGAGGAUUGAGUGUCCACAGUUUCCAGAGGAGCUCAAACACUGGAUCAGCUUCAUUUCAGCCAGCAGCCAGGCGCUGAGAGCAGAAAGCGGCCUGGAGGACAAAAAUAAGUGAAGGCGCACAAGAUACUUUGGUAUCAUGAGUGGCGACGCAUAUCUCAGCAUUGCACACACUCAAACAUACCCGCUCCUUUCAGAGUGUUUUAGUCAUCUUCAAAUACUCUAUAUAUUCUGAUUUGGGGCCAGUCUUACACACUGUUUCUUAAUUGUUUGGUUUGUUUGAUGUGAAAAAUUUUUAUUUACUGCAGCUAAGUAUAAAAAAAACUUGAAAUGAAGGAAACGUUUACUUUAAAACAAAGUGAAUCCAAAACAAAGCUUUAUCUUUGUGACUUACCAAGUAGUUGACUGUGAGUUGGGUGUUUUCAAACAUCUUCGUUCUCAUCUGAAAACGUCACAGAAUUUCAGAUUAGCAUGUAGCGCAAACAUUAAUAUUCUACUGGCCUAAAUGCAUGUUUCAAAACAAUCUGAAUAUUUUUCAAGCCUGUUUCUUAUAGUUUAGUUACAGUUAUGAUUUAGAAUGAAAAACCAAAAACAUGUUUAAUGAAUUAUUUGAAUUGGUAUAUUGAGCAUGUUUUGAUGAGGUCUAAUCCCAUGAUCAGUAUUUUUGAAGAGGUUACUACCUGUUAACAAUCUGAAAGGGAAUUUUCUAUUUUUAAAAAUAUAGCUAAACAGUUAUCAGCACUUUAUUUCACCAGACUGAGAAAAAAAGAGACAUUAUUAAAAAGGAUGACCUUCAUUAGAGCUGCAUGUGAUUUUUAGGAGAAUGUUUUUGAUUGGCAGGUAUGAUAAUCAACAGCUAACAGGAGGUUGCUGGCAACUUUUCAAAACCUGCCACGCACAAGAAAGUAUGAGUGUUUUUGUGCUCUUAUUGAGAAAAUAAUUGAAAUGUGCAAACAUGUCAUUUAUGCGUCAGUUUUCUUUUUGUGACCAAAUUAACAUAUUGUCCUUAGUUAGAGAUAUUACACUUUUAAAAAUGUAUGCCUAAUCUUUUAUGUAUUUAUGCUGUCAAUGCUCUGUUUAAGAAAUCCUGGUUAAAACCUUGAAGUUUGAGGAUAUGGAUUGUAUGUUUGUUUUCCACCUAUUGUUCUUUGAUUUAUGGAAAAUGAUUUGUCAGAUACUAUUUAUUAUGUUUAAUUAUCUUAAUGCAUUUUAAAAUAAAAAUGCACUGAACCUUG